CCUACCCUGGAUGUGCUAAAAUGGGAAAGAGGUGUGUUUUGCUGAUUUGUUAAAUUCUUAGUGAAAUUUCCUUGAUUUCUAGUGGCUGAUGUUGUUUGAGUUUGGUUUGGAGCAAAACUGAGGUAGUCCUGACAUUUCUGGGACUGCAUCCAAACAAGAGGAAGAAGAAAAAGAAGGAGGAGGAAAAGAGAAGGAAAAGAAGGUGGGGAGAAAUAAAGGGAGGAGAGAAGUGUAGGGAAAAGGGAAAAUCCUUUUUCAACAUCACAUUCCUGUGUUUUCCCUGAGUCUGGAAAACAUAUUAAUCCCAGUGCUUUUACUCCCGGAAACAAAGGGACUCAGCCAAACUGUGGGAGAAAGGGUGAUAAGGAGCCUGGAACUCUGAAGAGGGAAAGAGUGAGAUUCAGAAAUCUCUAGGACUCCACUUUAAGGAAAGUUCUGUGUCACCACAAGGGACGGGCACACACAGACACAGGCGACCAAGGAGAAACUGCAGACAAAUGGAGACACAAAGACUGACAAGGACAGCACCUUUCACCUCUUCCCACUCGUCCAGAAAGUAAAAAACACAGCCAGAAAGAAGAGGAGUCAGCCCUGCUCUCAGACCAGGACAGGCUGCGAUCUGUGUUGCUACUUUGCAAACUGGAGCUGCAGCCCACCCCCUUUGUAUUGCUCACCCUCAGCCAGGAGACAGAGGGUUGGGAAGAAAAGUAUUUCAUCUAGGAAACUGCUCUGGGGACCAAACUUCAGAUUUCUCUUGGAAUCCUCUGCAUUCUGUCUCAAUGAGCCACCAUAACCCCAAAGCAAAUUACACAAUGACGUGGAGAAUGGGACCUGGUUUCGCCAUGCUGUUGGCAGUGUGGCUGGUGUGUGGAUCAGAACCCCACCCCCCUGUCACCAAUAGAGCCAGCCACAGAGGGCAGAAAGUCCGUUUGGUCUCCCCAGCAAGCAGCCGGCCAGCUCGGUUUCUGAGGCACACAGGGAGGGCUCAUGGAAUUGACAAAGCUACUCUGGAAGAACUAAACCCUCGGCCUCUCCAAAGAAGGAGGGGUGUGCCAGUGUUGAGACUAGGUCUCCCCACUGCGCUGCCAGCCCCCUUGGGCAUCAACAGGGCUCCCGUGAGACCUGAGCUGAGAUCCACAGCCGGAAGCUCCCUGCGUGACAUGGUCCGAGAUGAGGGGUCCUCUGCUCGGUCAAGAGUGUUGCGAUUCCCCUCUGGGUCCAGCUCUCCCAACAUCCUUGCCAGCUUUGCAGGGAAGAAUAGGGUGUGGGUCAUCUCGGCUCCUCAUGCCUCAGAAGGCUACUACCGCCUCAUGAUGAGCCUCCUGAAGGAUGAUGUGUACUGUGAGCUGGCAGAAAGGCACAUCCAGCAGAUUGUGCUGUUCCACCAGGCAGGCGAGGAAGGGGGCAAGGUGCGAAGGAUCACCAGUGAGGGGCAGAUCCUGGAGCAGCCCCUAGACCCCAGCCUCAUCCCAAAGCUGAUGAGCUUCCUGAAGCUGGAGAAGGGCAAGUUUGGCAUGGUGCUGCUGAAGAAGACCAUGCAGGUUGAGGAGCGCUACCCUUACCCAGUCAGGCUGGAGGCCAUGUACGAGGUGAUCGAUCAAGGCCCCAUCCGCAGGAUAGAGAAGAUCAGGCAGAAGGGCUUUGUCCAAAAGUGUAAGGCUGCUGGUAUAGAGGGCCAGGUGGUGGAGGAGGGGAACAAUGGUGGCGGAGGAACAGGAAGGCCAAGCCUGGGCAGUGAGAAAAUGAAAGAGAACUCAAGGAGAGCACAAGUGCCCCCAACCAGAGAGACUAGGGUAAAGGUGAUGAGAAAACUGGCCACCACCACAGUGGCUCCUCCCUCACCUCCCCCAACCCCAAGGGCUACCACCCUUCCUCCUGCUCCAGCCACAACAACCACUCGGGGCACUGCCAGGGUGGCAACAGUAGCUGCAAGACCUACAACCACCACAGCCUUUCCAGCCACCCAGAGGCCCUGGACCCCCUGGAUACCCCCCUCUCCAGCCUCCCACAGGCCCCCUGCAACAACAGCUGAGGUGACCACCGCCAGGGGGCCCUCAGUUUCAGAGAGUCUUUAUCCUCCACACAGAAAGGACCAGCAGAAGGAGAGGUCACAGACCACCAGGAGGCCCAGCAAGUCCACCAGCUUUGACAGCUUCACAGCUGGCCCUCCUACCACCAUCUCCGAGACCAGCACAAGGGCUGCUGGCCCAGGCCGUUUCCGGGACAACCGCACAGACAGGCGGGAACAUGGUCAUCAAGACCCAAAUGUGGUGCCAGGUCCUCACAAGCCAGCAAAGGGGAAACUUCCCAAAAAGAAGACCCAGGACAAAAUUCUAAGCAAUGAGUAUGAGGAUAAAUAUGACCUUAGCCGGCCUACUGCCUCUCAGCUGGAGGAGGAGCUGCAGGUGGGGAACAUUCCCUCCCAAAAUGCAAAGGAAUCUAAAAAUCAGGAGAAGCUUGAGAAACCUGAGAAGGAGAAGAAAAAAAAGACAAAAAAUGAGAAACCAGGCAAGUUACUCAAGAGUGAAAAGCAAUUAAAGAAGGCUGAGAAAAAAAGCAAGCAGGAGAAAGAGAAGAGUAAGAAGAAAAAAGCAGGUAAAACGGAGCAGGAUGGAUAUCAGAAACCCAUCGGGAAACAGCUCCCUCAGAGUCCCAAGAAGUCUGUGACUGACCUACUGGGGUCCUUUGAAGGCAAACGAAGGCUCCUCCUGAUCACUACUCCCAAGGUUGAGAACAGCAUGUAUGUGCAGCAGCGUGAUGAGUAUCUGGAGAGUUUCUGCAAGAUGGCCACCCGAAAAAUGUCCGUGAUCACUAUCUUCGGCCCUGUCAGUAACAGCUCCAUGAAAAUCGACCACUUCCAGCUAGAUAAUGAGAAACCUAUGCACGUGGUAGAUGAUGAAGACUUGAUAGACCAGUAUCUCAUCAGUGAGCUACGGAAAGAGUACGGAAUGACCUACAAUGACUUUUUCAUGGUGCUGACAGACAUUGAUCUGAGAGUCAAGCAAUACUAUGAGGUGCCAAUUGCAAUGAAGUCUGUGUUUGAUCUGAUUGAUACAUUCCAGUCCAGAAUCAAAGAUAUGGAGAGGCAGAAAAAGGAGGGCAUUGUAUGCAAAGAAGACAAGAAGCAGUCGCUGGAGAACUUCCUAUCCAGGUUCCGAUGGAGGAGGAGGUUGUUGGUGAUCUCUGCUCCUAAUGAUGAAGACUGGGCCUAUUCACAACAGCUCUCUGCCCUUAGUGGUCAGGCAUGCAAUUUUGGUCUGCGUCACAUAACUAUCCUAAAGCUUCUGGGCGUCGGAGAAGAAGUUGGGGGAGUUUUAGAACUGUUCCCGAUUAAUGGGAGCUCUGUUGUAGAGAGAGAAGACAUACCAGCCCAUUUGGCGAAAGAUAUACGUAACUAUUUUCAAGUGAGCCCAGAGUACUUCUCCAUGCUUCUGGUUGGGAAAGAUGGAAAUGUCAAGUCCUGGUAUCCUUCUCCAAUGUGGUCCAUGGUGAUUGUGUAUGAUUUGAUUGAUUCGAUGCAACUUCGGAGACAGGAAAUGGCCAUUCAGCAGUCACUGGGAAUGCGCUGCCCGGAAGAUGAGUAUGCAGGCUACGGUUACCAUAAUUACCACCAAGGAUACCAGGAUGGUUACCAGGAUGACUACCGUCAUCAUGAGAGUUACCACCAUGGGUACCCUUACUGAACAGAAAUAUGAAACCUUAGCCCUAGCCAGUUUUUCCUGCAGCUGCUAAAGCCACAAGUCGCCAGCUACACAGGGGAGUUCUUCCACACUUUCUACAUUUCCUGCCUUUUUUUUUCAGAGUUCUUUCAAGAUUAAAUAAAUAGCAAAUUUUUGCCUAUUCAUGAGUUGUUAUUGAAACUUUAAAUCAUAAAGACAUUUGUUUCUUUAACUGGAAACAAUCUGGUGCUAAACAAUGGUACUGAAAAUGAAAGUUAUUUCCCUUUUCUUAUACGAGGGACAUUAUUUUUCAUGUAAAAUUCUAUAAGUAUUUAUAGAUCUUUUUCAUAUUUUUGUAUUAAUUGGUAAGUGAAAACAAUGAUUGCUAAUGAAAAUUUAAGAUCACAGCAUGUGUUCAGGAAACAUCUCAACAGACUAUAGAUAAUUUAGCACUUUUUGAAAUGUCAACCUAAAAAUAUUUUAGAUCUGCUUUGUAGGAGUUUCUUUCAUGAAGCUUGAUACCAAAUGCCAGAAAAAGUACCAAACAUUCUUUUGUUGUAAUAGCCACUUCCUGCUCUGCUUCUGUUAUUUUCAGUGCCUUUUCAGAGAUAGAUUAGGGGGCUGGGAAAUCUUCACCAGACCCCGGGACUGUAGCCAGAUGUGAUCUUCAAGAAUUCUGGCAGGCUGCUAUUGAAUUCUGGGUAUGACUUUCUAGACCCUUCACACUUGACAACUGUAUUUAACUUACUAAGGGGCCCAUUACUGUAUUGGUAUCUUAUUUUAAAAAAAUACAACAAAUGAUAUUAUAUUCAGGGUUUUUUUUAUUUUCAAAGGCAAAUGUUACCCAGUUAGAGCUGAUAAAAGUGCAGCUGGAUUACAAGAUGGUUAAUUCUUGUCUUUGAGAAAGAACAUUUGUGUUCAUAUGUAGCUUACCAAAGUAAACUCUCUUCCUCCCUUUCUCCCUCCUUUCCUUGCUUCUUUUCUACUUUUUUCCAGUAACUAUUUACUAAGUAAUAUUAUUCAGUAGUGUUUAUGAGCGUGUCCUCAGACAGGAAUUUAGCAUCCCGAAGACACUAUCCUCUAUCAAUAACGGGGAUACUUAUUUUUUGGCACUGCUCUAAUAACUAAUUCUCCAAAUCAUCUUGGCAUUGGUUGACUAAUAAGCUCAUAUAUUAAUAGAUGCACUCAAGCCAUAUGUGAAUAUUUGCUCUUAGUAUAUCUGUGCCUAUUGCAUGCACAAAUCUAUCUUUACAUCAUCUAAACUUUGUUAUAAAUGAUAAUAAAACUGGAAUUUGUAACUCAA